AUGUCGACCGAGCUGGACGCCCUGCCUUCCACCAAGGGCUAUCACGAAAUGUCCUCGCGCGAGAUUCCUGCCGCCAAUGCCGCGCCCUCCUGCUUCUCGGCCGACGAUGAAGCCGCUGCCGCCAAGGGCGUCACUCGCCACGACCGCGUCGACAUGUCCCGCAUGGGCAAGACCCAGGAGCUGCAAAGGAACUACCGCCCGCUCUCCGCCAUCGCCUUUACCGUCAUCUUGCAGGGCACCUGGGAGGUCCUCAUGACAGCAACUACCCAAGGCCUGGUUGACGGCGGCCUGGCCGGCCUGCUGUGGUCCUACGUGUGGACCUUCUUCGGCUUUAGCUUCGUCAUGGCCUCGCUGGCCGAGAUGUCUUCCAUUUGCCCCACGAGUGGCGGCCAGUACCAUUGGGUAUCCGAAUUUGCCCCGGCCAAGUGGCAGCGCGGCUUGAGUUUCUUCACCGGCUGGAUGAGUACCAUGUCAUGGCAAGCAGGAACCGCCUCGGGGCCUUUCCUUGUGGGCACGCUUAUCCAAGGAUGUGCCAUAGUCGCCUACCCCGACUACGCUGCCGAAAACUGGCAUGGGACCUUGAUCGUCAUAGCCAUAGCCAUCAUCGUCUGGGGCUUCAACGUAGUAGGGAGCCGAGCCAUGCCCAUGCUCCAGAACCUGAUGCUCAUCGUCCAUGUCCUUGGUUUCCUGACAAUCAUCAUUGUCCUCUGGAUCUUGUCCCCCCGCAACACCGCCGCAACCGUAUUUACCGUCUUCACCAAUGACGGAGGCUGGAACACCAUGGGCCUGAGUUUGAUGGUCGGACAGAUCUCAGCCAUAUAUGCCUGCAUCUGUUCUGAUGCUGCUGCUCACAUGAGCGAGGAGAUAUCCGAUGCAGGGAGAGUGGUGCCCAGGGCCAUGGUUUGGUCGUACGUCAUCAACGGCGCCAUCGGCUUCGUCUUCCUCGUCACCUACCUCUUCAUGAUCACCGAUAUCGAGGCCGCUCUCGAGGACUGGUACCCACACAUUUGGGUUUUCCGUCAAGCCGUGAAUGACGCCGGAGUCAUUGGCUUGAACGUCAUCCCUACCGUGCUCAUCUUCGCCGGCACUGUCUCCUACAACCUUUCGACCUCGCGCCAGACCUGGUCUUUCGCCCGUGACAGGGGUCUCCCGUGCUCCGGCUGGAUUGCCAAGGUCGAUCCGAAGCUGGAAAUCCCGGUCAACUCAGUGACCGUCACAACCGCAAUUACUAUCGCCCUCUCUUUGAUCAACAUCGGGAGCGACGUCGCCUUCAACGCCAUCAUCUCCCUCAACGUCGUUAGUUUGAUGGUUACUUACCAAGUCUCGAUUGCUUGUAUCCUCUGGCGCCGAAUCUACCACCCGGAGACACUGCCGAGCUGUCGCUGGAGCUUGGGAAAAUGGGGUGUCCCCGUCAACAUUGCUGGCCUCCUAUAUUCCAGCCACGCCUUUAUCUGGUCCUUCUUCCCCAAUGCUACACCUACCGACCUUGAGAAUUUCAACUGGGCUUCUGUCAUGUUUGUUGCAGUCGGCAUCUUUAGUACGGCCUACUACUACGCUAGGGGUAGGCAUGCCUACAAGGGCCCCGUUGUGCUGACCGAGGGCUGGAAAGGUCAAUGA